GUGAUAUUCUCUCAACUCUGUAGAGCAGCCCAUUGCAUCGUGCACCGGCCUUGACAUUUGAUCCGGUACAGAUUAUGCGGCUUGCAGACCCGGGGCGACAAAAAGGCAGGGGUCGAAAGUCUUGACUAAGAUAACAAACAGUUGUGUGUUGAGUUGGUCGUUUUUGCAGACUUGUUCAUACUCGUACUUUGGGCCGCGCGGACAAGACAUUAUGUAAAGGUGCAUGUGUCCAAAAAAAAAUGUUGCGUUACUUCUCAUUGGGCUCGAUUUCCGUCGACAUUUUUUGAAUGUGUUGUGAGAGUGCUGAACUGCCAGGAAAUAGAUUAAUCCAUACCUCUUAGUGUAAGUAAAAUAAAAUUAUUUUCUAAAGGCUUUAUUAAAUAGACGAAAUACAAUCAAAGACGUUUCUACUCAAUGUUUUCAUUUCAUCGCUUUAAAAAAAAGUGAACGCGUUUGAAUUAAAGUUCACAUGAAUUAUAGCCUACCUACUGACUAAAAGCAAAUGAAAUUUUAUUAAAAAAUAAUACAUGUUAAACGAUAUCAACUGUGAUGAGAUACUAUUUAUUCCUGUGUCUUUCCCUUCUUCUUUUUUAUAGCAGAUUACGAUGCAGAGGAUGAAUUUAGGACUAUGAAAUGUUGCAAGUGUUCCAUUCAUAUUUUUGAAUCUGGACUCAGGUACGUUCGCCGAGUGACUGGGGUUUCACCCUUCUUUCAACUGGCAGGCUGAACCAAACCUCAUUAAGGUCACGAUUGCCCAGUGCGCGGCUCCACAACUGUGUGACUUAUCCUACGUAUCUGCUAGACGUGAAAAUUCCUUCACUUGCGCAGUUUGUCAAACCAUUUCAGCUCAUAUCAAGCAUGCUCGCUUUCACGUGCUUAGCUCUCUUCGCCUCGUUGGCCAUCUCCGUCACGAGGUCAGACCACCGCCUGCGCUGCCACAAAGGUCAGUACUUGACCAGCACGGCGACAUGCCUCCCGUGCCCACGCGGGACCUUCAUGCCGUACAAGCUUCACACCUCGAAACAAUGCAUCUCUUGUUUGGACCCAGAGCUGGACGCUUCAGGAUACAAGGAAACGAAAUGUGGGUCUUCUAGGAAAAACUUGCACGUUUCCAGGAUCAGGCGUUCCGAGAUUGCACAUGGCGGCGAGGUGGUGUACAGUAUCCAAGGUAUGUCAUAGGCGAAGAUGGAAUGGCUGAAAACGAUAAUGGCAAGUUUUAACAAUCAUGAUAGUAAUUGUUUUUAUCUAGUGACAAACAUUAGCAGGUUGUAAGCAUGUUAAAACGAUUGCGUACAAUAUUCAUUUUUUAUACCUUUAUUUUACUGCUGUUUGCAGAGGUUAAGAUUGCUCCUUGUCAAAAUUGUAUUGUAGAGUUUCUUGUAAAGUUCGUAUCAAAAAUUUUUAACAUAUAAUUUGUCAAUCCAUUGCUUAAUGUUCCCCUCUUGUCACUGACUCAAAAAAAAACCCACUGUAUUUUAAGCUCCUCUGUAAUGACCUUAUUGCUUGCACUGGUACAAUAACAACUAUUUGAAAUCAUGCCAGGAAGAUUUCUGUCGCUACAGAUACAAAUUUCUAUUUCUUUUGUUUAACAUCGGGUUAGAAAAUGUUUCGCAAAAAUUUCACGGUCCUCAUGAAAAAAUAAGUCUUGCGAUCCUGAUUAUUUUAUCUUUUCUAUUUUUCUUUCCUUUUUUUUUCUUUUUUUUGUGUGUGGAGGGAGGGGUUGUUUUGGUUUUUUUCUUCUUUAGGAAGGGUGUGUGGCAAAAUAGACAAUAUUUAUGAAACUUUUAAAUGAAUUAUGUAAUAUAUUGAUUACAAUAAAUUUAAUUGUUUCAUGUUUUGUUUUUGUUUUUUUAUUAUUUAUUCUUUUGUCUUUGAAGGUUAGAAAAAGCUUUUUUGUGUGUGUGUGUGUGACUGUUUCCCUUCUUACCUGGAUUUUCCAAGCUUUCAUAAAGUAGAGGUGUGCACUUCAUAUAUAAUUAUAUGCCUAAUAUUUACUUCCACCCUAACACUCAUUAAAUUCUUCAACUAACGUCAAAAAAUUUUGUUUUUAGUGAGUGGCACUCAGUGGUAGAAGCAAAAUAUGGUCUAUAUAUAUCCUUCUUUUUGAAAUGUGUGAUAUAUAAUGGUUUAUGAUUCAAAGGAUGAACCUUUCAGUGAUGAGUUCAAUAAAACGGACCGAAUUCGGGGGGGGGGGGNGGGGGGGGGGGGGGGGGGGAGGGAAGCGAAUAUCAUGAAAAUGAAUAACUUGCCAAUCAUACAAAUAAUAAGGGGUCACACCCCACAGGUUGAGAACCACAGACUUAAGAUCAUACAUUUUCAAAGUUUCAAACGGGAUCUUUCCUCUAUAAAAUGAGAAAGAAUCCACGCCGACAGCUGGUGGUGUUCCUUUGAAUUAAAAUGCCCUGUUUUAGUAUGGAGCGAAGUUGUUACAAACGUAGACUCAAACCGUUGGCCUUGGGUUCAGGUUGCGAUAUUUGGGGAUGUGGGAACUAAAACUUUGAAAUCAAAGAUUCUUUUUUUUUUUUUAUUAUCUACCGUUGUCUAAAUUAUCUCGCCUUAAAUUGAUUCUCCUAUUUCCUGUGCAUUGAUUAGCGACGCCAGAGGUUCUCAACCUUCGUCAUGUUGCGACCCUUUAAUACAGUUCCUCAUGUUGUGGUGACCCCCAAAACAUAAAAUUAUUUUCGUUGCUAUUUCAUAUGUAUGUGCUUUCCUAUUUGUGCUUGGCGACCCCUGUGUAAGUGUUAUUCGACCCUCAAAGGAGUCGCGACCCACAGGAUGAGAAACCGUUGUAGCAACUUGUACAUUAUAAAAUAAAUACAAACUUUUUGAAAUCCUUACUUAUGUUAAUGUAAUAGAUUGCAUAAACGCUUAUGAAUUUUAUUUUAUUAUUUUUAAAAUGCUUAGAGUAUUUACUUGAAUAUUUAAUUAAAUCAUUGUGGUAAAUAUUCAAUCCUUGGCUACAAUAUACAUUAGUUACUGCUCUAAAUAAUUGUCUUUUUCAAUCUUUAUUUUCUUGACGACAUACCCCCCCCCCCUUACAGAAGCCUCCAGUACCAACCUGACGUGUCCGAGAAACUACUACCUCGAUGUAACUCAACAAAGGUGCUCGCGGUGUCCAGCUUGCAGCUUCCUGGACCAGGAGGCUCACGCGCAGACAAGCUGCGAUCACUGCUCGCAGCGACAACCCGACAACCGACUAGUCUACUGCCCGAAACGGUGUGACGACGAGGCCCCCGGGGCCCUGCCGACGUGGGCCAGGUUCAUCGUCGGCGCCUUGGUCAUGGUGGCCGCGCCGUUCUUGUUCAUCAUGUCACCGCUGUUGUUGAAUAAGUUGUUGAAUUCGUGAGUGGCUGGCCCGCAGUGUUCAUAAGCGGGUCUUUCAGCUAUCGUUGGUACAUAACUCAAAAAUAUAUCUAUUACUCAUUUCACGCCAAAAAAUAAUCGUCAAAUUUGCUUCUAAUUAUCUUCAAAUUUUCUUCAAAUGGUUGACAAAUUUGCUUGAAAAUUUCGUCAAAUUCCUUUUGGAACGGACUAUUUUGUUUAACUAAAUUGUGCGUUCAAAAAAAAAAAUGACGCAAUUUUGAACGUGUGAACUGAGCAUUAGGCUGACCUUGAUAUUCAUCAAUGCUUUCAUUUUAUUCAAAUAGUUCUGUAGGGUAACUCUUAUUAGUGUAAGCUUUUCUUGUGAUUUUUUCUACGUACUAAAACUAAAAUAAAAAUUGUAUCAAAUUUCUUAAAGGCUUUUGUUAUAAUUUUUUUUUUAAAUAUUAUUUUUUGUGUUUUGUGAACGGUGUUUAUAAUAUGUUAGU